AGUCCAUUAUGCGCUCCUCGAGGUGCGGUGGUGUGACGCGCACCGGGCUCUCUACAAAGUAACGACAGCUCUACAAACACCAACAAUGGAAAGCACAAACAACACAACAGAUUGGUUUCAGUUUCUGAACUUUUCAAACGAAAAACAAACGGAGGAAGAGGAGAUGAAGCUGAGUUACCAGGUGGUCACAUCCUUCCUGCUCGGUGCGCUCAUCCUGUGCGCAAUCUUUGGGAACGCUUGUGUGGUCGCAGCCAUCGCCUUGGAGCGCUCUCUCCAGAAUGUGGCCAACUACCUGAUCGGUUCUCUGGCUGUCACAGACCUCAUGGUGUCGGUGCUGGUGCUGCCCAUGGCGGCGCUUUAUCAAGUCUUAAACCGCUGGACUCUUGGGCCGAUCCCGUGCGACAUCUUCAUCUCUUUGGAUGUGUUGUGUUGCACAUCAUCCAUCCUGCACCUUUGUGCCAUUGCGCUGGACAGAUACUGGGCGAUAACUGAGCCCAUAGACUACAUGAAGAAGAGGACGCCUCGGAGAGCCGCGGUCCUCAUCAGUGUCACCUGGCUGGUCGGAUUCUCCAUCUCAGUGCCGCCCAUGUUGAUAAUGCGCUCCCAGCCAAGCAACAUAGCAGAGGACAGAGCGAACCCCAAACAGUGUCAAAUCAGACAAGACCCCUGGUACACAAUAUACUCCACAUUUGGUGCUUUUUACAUCCCUCUGACUUUGAUGCUUGUUUUAUACGGGCGGAUAUUCAAAGCGGCCAGGUUCAGGAUCAGGAGGACUGUGCGUAAAACGGAAAAAAAGAAAGUUACCGACUCUUGUUUGGCCUUAUCGCCCGCCUUGUUCCACAAAAAGACUCCUGGAGACGGACAAGGUAAGACCUGGAAGAGGAGCGUUGAACCCCGACCGCUGCCCAGCGUCAACGGCGCCGUGAAACACGCGGAGGACGGCGAGUCUCUGGAGAUCAUCGAAGUGCACAGCAACUCCAAAGGCAACCUGCCGCUGCCCAACACCCCGAACUCCGUGCCGCUUUUCGAGAAUAGGCACGAGAAGGCGACCGAGGCGAAGAGGAAGAUUGCGAUGGCUCGAGAGCGCAAAACGGUGAAGACUCUCGGUAUCAUCAUGGGCACCUUCAUCCUCUGCUGGCUGCCCUUCUUCAUCGUCGCCCUGGUCAGGCCCUUCUGCCAGAACUCGUGCUACAUUCCCCGCGCGCUGGACGAUGUCAUUAACUGGCUGGGCUACUCCAACUCUUUACUAAACCCCAUCAUUUACGCGUACUUCAACAAAGACUUCCAAAGCGCUUUUAAGAAAAUUCUCAAGUGUCAUUUCUGCAGACCGUGACGGAUGUUAUCCAGGUGAAAAGAGGAGCAGCACUGAAACCAAACAGCCUUUAGUGCCUAAAGUGGCACUAAAGAUGGUCCUGAUACAGAAUGACGCUAAAAGUAAAAAAAUAAAGAGGGAUGAAAAACUGUCGAUCAUAAUCAUCG